AUGAUUACAUCUCCUAUUUCAAGUCAAGAUGCUUUAUUGGCUAUUGAAAAAGAUUUGAAAGAGAUUGAGGAUUUGAAAGAGAUAUUCAUUGAUCAUUAUAUAUAUGAUAUUUGGAAUCCUGGAGCUGAAGAACAAACACUGGAAAGAAUUCGUAAUAAUGAAACAUUCUAA